AUGCGGGAGUGCAUCAGCAUCCAUAUCGGCCAGUCUGGGGUGCAAAUUGGCAAUGCUUGCUGGGAACUCUAUUGUCUUGAACAUGGUGUUCAACCCGAUGGCCACAUGCCCAGUGAUCAAACUAUUGGUGCUGGUGAUGAUUCAUUCACAACUUUUUUCACGGAAACCGGUGCAGGAAAAUUUGUUCCCCGAGCUGUUUUCGUCGAUCUCGAACCGACUGUUGUGGAUGAAGUUCGUACAGGCACGUAUCGACAACUAUUUCAUCCGGAACAACUUGUCACGGGAAAAGAAGAUGCUGCAAAUAAUUAUGCCAGAGGUCAUUAUACUGUUGGUAAAGAAAUAGUUGAUCUGGUACUCGAUCGGAUAAGAAAAUGUGCCGACACGUGUUCUGGACUACAAGGAUUUCUGAUCUUUCACUCAUUUGGUGGAGGCACCGGAUCCGGAUUCACUUCACUACUCAUGGAACGUGUCUGUAUAGAUUAUGGAAAAAAAUCCAAACUGGAAUUUGCUGUUUAUCCGUCACCCCAAAUUUCGACUUGUGUGGUUGAACCGUACAACUCUAUUCUGAACACGCAUACCACACUCGAUCUUUCCGAUUGUGCAUUUAUGGUUGAUAAUGAGGCAGUUUAUGAUGUGUGUCGACGAAAUUUGGACAUCGAAAGACCAACAUACACCAAUGUGAAUCGAUUGAUUUGUCAGUCAGUGAGUUCGAUCACAGCCUCGCUACGAUUUGACGGAUCAUUGAAUGUGGAUUUGAUGGAAUUUCAAACGAACCUGGUCCCGUAUCCACGUAUUCACUAUCCGCUAUGUGUCUACGCACCGGCCAUAUCAGCUGAGAAAGCUUAUCAUCAAAAUUUGGAUGUAAGCGAUAUCACAAAUCAGUGUUUUGAACCGGCAAAUCAAUUGGUCAAAUGUGAUCCGCGACACGGCAAAUACAUGGCCUGUUGUUUGCUCUAUCGGGGUGAUGUGGUCCCGAAAGAUGUGAACGCGGCGAUUGCAACUAUCAAAUCGAAACGGACAAUUCAGUUCGUGGACUGGUGUCCGACUGGAUUCAAGGUCGGAAUCAACUACCAGCCACCGACUGUGGUACCCGGUGGCGAUUUGGCCAAAGUUCAACGAGCCGUAUGCAUGCUAAGCAAUACGACCGCUAUCGCCGAGGCCUGGGUCAGACUGGAUCACAAAUUUGACUUGAUGUAUGCGAAACGUGCUUUUGUGCAUUGGUUUGUGGGAGAGGGAAUGGAAGAAGGUGAGUUUUCCGAGGCUCGUGAAAAUUUAGCUGCAUUGGAAAAAGACUAUGAAGAGCGUGAAUGCAUCAGCCUACACAUUGGACAAUCCGGUGUGCAAAUUGGAAAUGCUUGCUGGGAGUUAUACUGUCUAGAACACGGAGUGAAACCAGACGGAUUGCUGCCAACUGAUUCCGGAUUUACACCACCUGACGACUCAUUUCAAACAUUUUUCUCCGAAACUGGUGCUGGCAAAUUUGUUCCCCGGGUUGUAUAUGUGGAUUUGGAACCGACAGUUGUGGAUGAAGUAAGAACAGGAACCUACAGACAAUUGUUUCAUCCAGAAACCCUUAUAACGGCAAAAGAAGAUGCUGCGAAUAACUAUGCUCGGGGACAUUACACACUUGGCAGAGAGAUUGUGGAUGCUGUAUUGGACCGGAUAAGAAAACUGGCUGACAAAUGUUCCGGUCUGAAAUCUUUUCUCAUAUUUCACUCUUUCGGUGGAGGAACUGGAUCUGGUUUCACCUCACUAUUGAUGGAAAGAGUCUGUUUGGAUUACGGAAAAAUAUCCAAACUUGAAUUUGCUGUAUAUCCAUCACCACAGAUAUCAAACGCAGUAGUUGAACCGUACAAUGCAGUCUUGAACACGCACACCACCUUAGAACUGUCAGAUUGUGCAUUUACAGUGGACAAUGAAGCAUUGUAUCAGGUGUGUAGGCGAAAUUUGGAUAUUGAACAACCCACCUACAGAAAUGUGAACCGAUUACUCAGUCAAGUGGUCAGUUCUGUCACAGCUGCCUUAAGAUUUGACGGCCCGGCCAAUGUGGACAUAAACGAAUUUCAAACGAAUUUAGUCCCUUAUCCAAGAAUUCAUUAUCCAUUGGCAACCUAUGCACCUGUAAUCUCUGCAGAACUGGCCUAUCACGAACCUUUAUCUGUGCAAGAUAUUACAUCAUCGUGUUUCGAACCUGAGAAUCAACUAAUGCGAUGCAAUCCUCGACAUGGGAAAUACAUGUCCUGUUGUCUGCUUUAUCGUGGCGAUCUUACCCCAAACGAUGUCAAUCAGGCCAUUUCACAAAUACGACGGAGGCGAAGUAUCCAAUUUGUGGACUGGUGUCCGACCGGGUUCAAAGUUGGCAUAAAUUGUCAACCACCGACCGUUGUGCCCGGUGGUGACCUAGCCAAAGUGCAACGAGCAGUUUGCAUGUUGUCGAAUUCAACUGCUGUUGCCGAGUCCUGGGUUCGAUUAGAUAACAAAUUCGAUCUGAUGUAUNCGAAACGCGCGUUCGUGCACUGGUACAUUAAUGAAGGGAUGGAAGAAAGUGAAUUUACCGAGGCUCGUGAAGAUCUGGCGGCGUUGGAAAAAGAUUACGAGGAAGUUGGUUACGAUACAGCGGAACCGGAAGAUGAAGCCGAAUUUUGA